AUGGAAGGUUUUAUUGCGUUGGGUUUGGUCUGUAACGUCUUGCAACUCGUGGGCGCCUCCUGGCGAGCGGUGGAAGUCUAUAAACAGUUCCGUGAGCGAGGAACGGCCAAGGAGAUCGAGGCUAUGCUCUAUGCAACCCAGCAAGUGUCGGAAUGCUACCAGUCACUGCAAGAUUCGCUGAACAAUGACCCAAACAAGAUUCGGCUUCUAAAGAGCAACGUUGACCUCGUCGACCUGGCCAAAAAGUGUGGAGGCGUUGCCCACAAGCUUCGGGAACUACUUCUAACCUUGGAGAGCUCGCCAGCAACAAGACAGCGGACUCUCGCCGCCUUGUUGAAAGGCUACAACGCCAAAAGACGUUGGCGACAAGUUGAAGAGUUGAAGAGCGAGCUGGACCAGUACGUAAAGGUCUUAGACUCAAAGAUACUGGUCCAUCUUAGGUAUGUGUCUAUCACUGAGCAUUUGAAAAUUGAUACGCGGGCUAACAGUGUUGGAAGCCAAAAUAUGGGCAGCAUUGCUACCCAACAGACCAACGUCGGCGACAGUCUUUCCAAUGUGCAGCAAAGACUCGUGCAUGAAAUCUUAGACGGCAAUACACGUGUCAAGAAUCUUAUCACCGCAUUGAAUGACGAGACUACCCGUCAUAUUACCAAAGAGCAUCUUGUCACAAGGCACCACACCACCCAGGAGAUUGACCGCUUGCUAGAUACACAGACCCAGGAUGUCAAGCUUGACCACCUUAUCAAAAGCCUACAUUUCCCGGAAAUCGAACUUCGCCAAAAUAGCAUCGAGGAUGCCCACAGGAAAACGUACGAAUGGAUCUUUGACAAGUCCAUAGGUCUUGCAAAGCCGUGGAGCAAUUUCUUUGAUUGGGCACAAAAUGACAGUCAGCUAUAUUGGAUUCUCGGUAAACCUGGUUCUGGAAAGUCGACUUUGAUGAACUUUAUCGUACAAGAUGACAGGACGAAAGCUGCACUUUUGCUGCGGUCGUCCGACCUUCCCGUACUCCUUUUGACCUUUUUCUUCUGGGAAGCCGGGGUUGACCUACAGAAGAAUGAAAUCGGGCUCCUACGAUCAUUGAUUUGGCAGAUGCUCACGUCGCUUGACCGGACAGCCAGACCCCGAAUUUGGUCGGACUUGAUCCGGCAAAAGGUAGCUGUGGACACACCCACAAUCUGGACAAGAAAGCAACUUCUACAUCUCCUUUCCUUGGUGAUCCAGGCGGUGCCCAGCCGGUUAUGUUUCUUUCUCGACGGACUGGAUGAGUUUCCAGCGCUGCAGGAAGACUUCAGUGCCAUCACAGAGAUCCUCGCCAUUCUCCGCGGUAAGACUGGCGUCAAGAUAUGCAUUUCCAGUCGACCUUCCACGGCAAUCGAGAGACUAUACCGCACCUGUCCUAAGCUAAGGCUGCAGGAUCUGACCGAACCCGACAUCGUGAGAUACGUCGAGGACAAUCUGAUACACGACCCAGAAACACAAUUCCUACAUCAGUCAUACCCCAAUGAGACUGCUGACUUGGUCAAACGUGUUGUCGCCAAAGCUGAUGGAGUAUUUCUCUGGGUUCGCUUAGCCAUUCACUCGCUCCUGCGGGGUGUCAGGAACGGGGAUGAUUGGCGGACACUGUCAUCUCGUCUUGAGCAGAUCCCGGAAGGUAUCUUCAAUCUCUAUGCCCACAUGUGGAGGAGAAUGGAAGCAGAUCAUCCGCUCUACGCCAAAGAGGCCGUGCUUUAUCUUCGGCUCGCCCAGAGAUACCUUGAUGAGACUCUAGUUGUAUAUGCGAUCGCGGGUGAUGAGAAUCUGCAGCGUCGGUAUCUAGACAAUUUAGACAGUCUGAAAGUCGAGGAUCUGGGAGGAAGUAUCGACCUCGAGAGAUCUCGAAAGAGAUUGUUGGCAUGUUGUGCCGGGUUUUUGGAGGUCCAUGAGGACCAUAUUAUUGAAGAGCAUUACGACAAGAAACACCUAUCUACUCUGCAAAAGAGUGCUGUCGGGCGAUGUCCUGCAACGCUCAACAGACUGCUCGAGCUUCGAAAGAGUUAUCGCACAUUCAGGGUUUCGUUCAUGCAUCGGACGGCACAUGAAUGGCUACGCACGCCUUAA